ACAAGCUCUGCUCUUCAUGAAGUGCUCCCGGACCAUUCACCGUAGACUUCUCUCCAGUUGCAGCUCAACUCCGAGCUCUGCCUCUCGGAUUCCCAUCGCGUUGGUUGUGGGGGAGCCAUUGCAGCUGUGUAGCAUCAUGGCGACCACUUGCAGAGCUGCAUUCGCAGGCACAACUAGGCUGGACACUGAGAGGAGGUCUUUCGUGGGUCACACAGCCGGGCUUUCUUCUUCGUCGUGUGGGAUCAACAAUGGCGCAUUCAGGGCUGUGGAGAUGCGCGGCGUCUCAAUUCCUGUGCGCAAGUCACUCCAGGUCGUCUCUAUGGCGCCACCCAAGCCUGCUGGGAAGGCUAAGAAAGUGGUUGGACUUGUGAAGCUGGCCUUGGAGGCUGGAAAGGCCACUCCUGCACCACCCGUAGGUCCGGCUCUUGGUUCCAAGGGAGUUAACAUUAUGGCAUUCUGCAAGGAGUACAAUGCGAAGACUGCAGACAAGCCCGGCUACAUUAUUCCCGUCGAAAUUACAGUUUAUGAUGACAGGAGUUUUACUUUCAUUUUGAAGACACCCCCGGCUUCUGUUCUUCUCCUGAAAGCAGCAGGUGCUGAGAAGGGAUCAACUGACCCUCAGAAAAUUAAGGUUGGCAAGGUUACCAUCGAUCAGCUCAGGACGAUCGCUCAAGAGAAGCUGCCAGACUUGAACUGCACAACAAUCGAGUCUGCCAUGAGAAUCGUGGCCGGAACAGCAGCCAACAUGGGAAUCGACGUCGACCCACCUCUGCUAGAGAAGAAGAAGAAAGUUUUGUUCUAAACAAUUCAUUGUAGGUGGUGUAGGUAUUCAUUUUCAAUCUGGCUUGCUGUUCCAAUUCGCACAAUGAGUUGUAGAAGGUGUCCAACCCAGAGUCAUGAAAGGUGUCAGAGCUGCAUUAUGGUUCUGCUCAAGCUACCGACGCUGUCUCGACACCACUUGCCUCUGCUUCUGUUUUAGGUCUUCACACCAGCUCAUGUGAUCGCCUCUUAUUCCCUUCCUGCUCCCUGCUUUGCCAGAUUUUUAUAAACUAGAAUUCUUGCGGAUUCAUGUAAUCCUUCAUACAAAGUAUUGAACAAUCCUCACCUUCAACGUAUUGAACAACUUUAUAUCUCUA